AUGGCGUUUUUGCAUGGUGUUCUUGAGAGUGUGAAGGAUGAUGAGAGUGUGAAGAAAUAUGAUGGUUACAUUGAUAAUAAAGAUCAUAGACUUCAAAAAUUACUUGACUCUCUCCAAUCUUCAAUUGGCCAGGGACGCAGUGCGUUUGGUGCGCGGGUUGAUGAGGUGGACCAGAAGAAUAGAAACGUCACGGAUGGAUUAUCGUCGCUGAGUGGUGAAUAUGUUCAAGAGAUCACGAGGCAGCAAGAUCAGAGCCUUGAAGCGCAGCUGUUCCAAUGGACAACUACGCUCGGGUACAUAGCAAAAGACAUUCACAACAUAACACAUGAUAAUAUUAGUGAAUUAGACACUGCACUUAGCACACGUAUAAUGCAUGAGAUUAAGCCGAUUGAGAAAUCGGUUGAGGUGCUGCUGCGGGCGGCGGGUAAUCCGGAUCUCGCCCAGCAGGCUGGGCAUGUUGACAGCGAAUUAGUGGCGCACAAAACACAUAUCGUGAAUUCUAUACAUACACAGAGUGAUAUAUUGCAGAAAACAUUACUAGAUGAGGUCAAUAAAAUUGGUGCUAAAUUGAAUGAGCUGAAUGAUAAGAGGCAAACGCAGUUUGGGUAUGUUAGAUCAGGCGUAGCCAUAGUAAAGGGUACGGUGGAGGAUGCGUUUGGAAAUUCCGAUGACAGUUUCAAAAACCAAUUUAUUCAGAAAUUCAGAGAUAUAAAAUCGGCAUUAGAUGAUGUUAAUAAGCAUAAUUUUAAAAACGGUGAUAACGGUAUCACAAGGCUUCGAAAUGAAGUCAAUUUGAUAAAGCCGCAACUGGAAAAUGUGCGUCGAGAGUUGGAAGUAACAGUUGCGGAGUUGGGAACGUGGAUGAAUAGUACAUCAAAAAAUAUUAAUGAUGCAAAGGUGAAGUAUGUUGAUAAAAUCAUAAGUAAGGAGGUUGGGAAAUACAAUAGAUAUGCCAUGAUGGAAACUGCGGCAGCGUUGGAAGAAUGGAAGGAUACGCUGCGGAAUCAUAUUAAUCAUGUGAAAGAUGAAUUAAAAGAUAGGGUCAGACAGGCGGAGACGGCGGCUAAAGGUUUAGAUACUCAGCUUCUAGCGGACUUGGGAAAAUUGAGGGGAGGGAUAAAGAGUGCGGUCACGGAGUAUGCUAAAGGCUACGUGAAGAAAGUGAAGGAGCAAGUUGAAGUAAUUAAGGGAAAGUCUAAGGGUCAAGGCCUGCAGGGAUUCGUUGAACACGUGAAGGAGAAGUAUGCGGAGGAGUUCUUGCAGGGCAAGAAAGGUUUUGGAAAUUUAGUGCAGCAAUGGAUUAAUGAGAUUUUGCAGAAGGAUGAGUUUGUUCAGUACUGUUUAGACGGAUAUUUUACGGGAAGCAAUAAUCGUGCUAGGUUUCAGCCACCAUAUAAGGAUUGGACUAUCAAAACAGAUUAUAAGGGUAAGACUGAUGGAAUUGCAAAGGCCAUCAAGGAUGCGCUUGCCAAAGAUGUUAACAUAACAAUUAAAGAUGCCCAAACUGUACCUGACUCCUCAACCAACAAAAUUCAAGAUCAUGUUAACGUUGCCUAUACCUGUGUCAGUGACUUUGCCACUACCUUGGAGAGCAAACUUAACAAGGGAAAAAUAAGGUCCACUAACGACGACCCUAUUAUCAAUGAUAUAGUAUCGGCUGUUGAGGGAGCUUUAGAAAUGACGCAAGAGUCAGCGGCGGGGAAAACUUCUAAAAGCUAUCUCCAGGCCGCCGUCAAACCCAUCUUAUCAGCUCUACUCUCAACCGCAAAGCAUGUUGCUGAGCAGCUGAAAUCUUUAACUGGAACGAACGCUGAGGAGAUCAAGAAGGUGGACGAAGCAUUUGCAAAAGCCGGGGAACUUGCCGGGGAACUCGGGGCGGCCCUCAGCUCCACCGCUGGCACCUAUACCGUAGACCACAAUGUUUCUAUUAAGGAAAACAUCCAUGAAAAGUUCUCGCAAAAAGUUGAGGAGCAAUUUAAAAAGACGCACUCGGGUGUUGGUGGUGAUGCUUCAGGCAUAACCGUCGAGACGACAUUGGAGGCGUACACUGGCUACAAAAAAGGUAACGUUGACACCUCCAUCCAAGCUAUCAAAACGUAUGCCGACAGCGGGUUUGACGUAAAUCCAACGACAGAAAAGCUCGGCGCAUGGUCCACCAAUAUAACCAAAAGCCUAAACAGCCUUACGGAUGCGUGUGCCCAGACCGGGCAAUACAUAAAUACAUAUUUGUACGGGUUGAAAACAGAGUACAUUGACGUUAAACUCGCCAACAUUCGCAGGCAGAUUAACACUCUGCAACAGGAGCAGCUGGCGGCUGAAACCGGCAAAAUUAUGAAAGCUAUAAACUCCGUCAUUGAGUUGAUAAAAAAGCUGGAGGAAACGCCAGGCAGGGUUGACGAGGAACGUGAAGCAGCGGUCAAAAUCAUGGAGCAGUUGAGAAAACAAGUAAUCGAUAAAAUAAACGACUUAGAAUUGGCCGUUAAACAGGCCAAGCGAGAGUUGUACCAUGCCAUUAAUAACAGUAAAAACGCCCUGGCUGACGCGUAUCAUACAAUCAAUGAUGAUGUCACAACUCUAAAAAAUGAACUGUUGCGUAUCACCGAAAAUGGAUUUGCAUCCAUAAUUCGAGAAGUGAGAAGGCUGUUUGCGGAAAGGCAUAAAGCAGACUUAGAAUCCUUAAAAUCGCUGAUCAAAGAACAGUUGGAGGAAAUUAAAGAAAUUAUCAACGCCGAUUUGAACAACGGCACAAAAGGCCUUGUCAAGGCUAUGAACUGUAACAAACACAAAAUCGAUGAAAUUAGAACGCUUGUAAUUCCUUCAAGAUCAGAUAGUGCUACAAAGUUCAGAAACAUAUCAACAUAUCUACACCACUACCUCACCCCCCUCCUCUCCUACACCACCGAACAGGUCAAGGCGCCGAGCAAGGGGAAGGGAGGCCAAGCCCCGGCCCAGACUCAACAUCCCUCCGACGUACCUCCAGGACGCGCUGGCUGGAGUCCUCCAGAACAGUCUCCGGCUCAGCUCAAAAGUCAACAGUCAUCAACUCCACCUGACCGCAAUGAUACAAUUGAGAAGUAUUUCGCCGGCCUUCAGUACUAUGUUGAUGGCAUUUUUUCUAAGCUUUCUGAGAAUCGCUUCAGUAAAUCAUUCGCAACGAAACGCGCGGAUUUCGAAAAGUUCCUUGCUUCAAUGCUUCCCCCAAAUUUCUCCGGAAUCGGAAGCCCUCUGCUAGAUAGCUUCAAGUCAGGCCUUCAAAAGUUCUUGAUACAACUCAGCCACGCAUAUAUUAGUGCAUAUGAUGGCGCGGCUUAUAGCUUUAAAUGGGAGCCAGGGGAAAGUGAGAAAUGUGCAAAUGUGUGUUUGUCCAUACUGGAGACGAUGAGCAAUGACUUGGAAACUUUGAAAGAAAGAUGCAAAUAUGAAUGGCAUUCAAAACAAAUCCACCGCAUUAGCGGACUUGGCGCUUUUUUGAAAGAUUGUGGUUAUAUUGUGUCUAAUAGGGAUAAGCAGGACGGUGAGCUGAGGCGUCAUGAAAAUAUGACGGGCAAUCAUAUACUUCAGAAACUUACUACUACACUUAAGAACACUGGCCAAAUUAAUGAGCACCUGAAGGAGUGUGAGUCAAACAAAAAGAAUGGCACCGAUACGCAGCCACAAAAUGAUGAUGUCAAAGUCUUUGCCAUCCUUUCGUGCCUCAUCACUCACUUCAGUGAAUACAAUAAAGUCGGCCACAUUGCCACUUUCUCUGCUAAAAGAACACCAUGCUCCGUCUAUGAGAUGCUCUGCUGGACAACUGGUCUCAUGUACAACAAUGCUUACGAGAAGCUUAAGCAGCAUUGUCAAAAGCUUUGUGAUGAUGAGAAAGACAGCCAUUUAAAAACUAUACUCUCCAAGCUUCACAAGGACGGUUUGCCGUACCUAUUUAGUAAUUCACGUAACAUCCUCACAACUAUCCUCGGCACAGGGGAUGAACACACUACGUACGCCUCCGAUUUUUCUACCAAUUCCCUUUCGCUCAAAUACCCUGGCAGUGGAGCGGAGUGUCUUGACAUGCUUCUCGAUAUUCUCCGUCGUUUGUUCCUGCCACUUAGAUUCCUGGACGCUCAGUGUAGUCUAUCAAACAAGCAUUAUGGCUGGGCCAAUUGCCAAUAUGGCAAGGACAUCGCUCCAGUCAACUGGCCAUGCAAGGACCAUUCAACCAACAAACCAAAUGGACAGUCAGCGUCUAAACCAACUUGCCAGGCAAAUGACCAACCAAAUGGUCAACCAAACUGCCGACCAACUUCACCUUUAAUGUCCUACUUAAAUGACUGCUUACCAGGGCACUUGCCUCAUCAGUUAAUCGAUGCCGGUUGUAAGUCAUCGUGUUACACCUGUAAGACAGCUGCACGUGGCGUGCCUUGUCUCACGCCACUUGGCUUCAGAGGUUUCUCUGGAAGUACGCGCCUGGGCAAAGAGCUAUGUAUCGUGCUGACCAAAUUGCUCGAUGACGCUGACCUCAGAUCCCUAUUCUGCCUUAAACCGAAAACGCCGGCUUCGCUCCCAGAGCACUUCGGUUUUGUGUUAUCGCUUGUUAAGGAUUGGCGACUAGGUAUUUUACCAGGCAAGAAUGGUUCGCAGUCAAGUUUCGAAACAUCAAUAGAGCGCACGUCUAUUCACCUUUAUGAACACCCCAAUAAACUUACCGAUGCGCUUCGUAAUGCCUACGGUAGCAGCUUAAGCAGCCACGAACCGAAGAAGCAUCUUCCCGCUCACGACGAUUUAUCAAGCCUUUCUAUGACAGAGUCAUGCACUGAUCCUACUAUAAAAACACUAUGCGCCCCCUACCUUUCAUCGUUAUCCUGCGACUCCAAUUAUUACCUGGCACAGAAACAUUCUAACACAUACCUCUCAUGGGCCAUUUACCUCCCAUGGACGUUCUGGGAUUUACUCAACAAUCUCUAUAACGCUUUCUGUGAAAUCACUUGUGCAGACUGGGGAUGCCGUGGAUGUCUCAGAGGAGACAAGUGUAAAGCAGGGAAACAAGGCGUCGUUGAAGAUGAUAAGAAAGAUGUUACCUGUCAAUGUGAUUCUAUAGUAACCUGCAAAGGCGUGGCACCGACGCUCUACCAGUAUGGAUUCAGCUUCGGCGAGGCGUCGACGUUGAAUGGUAACACGCCGAAGAAGUGUAAGGAUUUCUGUACUCAAUUAUAUAAGGUGUUACAUUCUGAUUACUUUGAUAAGCUGUUUGAAGCGUGUGACAAUUUCCUAUGCAUUAUCAGAUGGCCAUUUAUGCUAACGUUGUUAGCCCUCUGGUCGCUGUCGCUCCUGUACCUGCUGCACAUCGCCGUCGUCCGCCUCGACGUCCUGAGGAUUCGCUCCCACCUGCGCUCGCCCUCAAGCCACCGCAUCGCCGCGCAGUCCCUCCUCGCCGCCGCACGCGUCAGGGCACUCGCCAGCGUCAAGUACUUCUCACCAUAA